ACACACACUCACACACACGCUCAAGCACACACACACACACACACACACACACACGCACGCACAGCCCAGCCCUGUCCCCACAGUGGACCAUGCGGACGGAGGCAGGCGCCGUGCACUACCAGCUGCUCAGCGUGCCCUGGACUGUCCUCUGCUACUAUGCUGAGGACCUGUGUCUGAAGCUGCCACUGCAGGAGCUGCCCAGCCAGGCCUCCAACUGGUCCUCCCGUCUGCUGGCGCGGCUGGGACUGCCCAACCCCCUGCUGGAUGAGGUGCCCGACAUGCCCCCCGAGGUCUACUCCUGCCAGUUCAAAGUGAGCAAGUUGGCCAGGUUCCUGGGCAGUGACAACCAGGACACCUUCUUCUCCAGCACCCAGAGGCAUCAAAUUAUCUUUGAGAUCCUGGCCAAGACCCCUUAUGGCCACGAGAGGAAGGGGCUGCUUGGGAUAGAGCAGCUGCUGGCGCAGGGGGUCUUCAGAGCUGCCUUCCCGCUGCAUGACGGCCCCUUCAAGCUGCCCCCUGAGGGCCCCCAGGCUCCUCGGCUCAACCCACGGCAGGUGCUGUUCCGGCACUGGGCCCAAUGGCGCCAGUGGCACAAGUACCAACCCCUGGACCACGUGCGUGGCUACUUCGGGGAGAAAGUGGCCUUGUACUUCGCCUGGCUGGGCUUCUACACAGCCUGGCUCCUACCGGCUGCGGUGGUGGGCACCCUGGUGUUCCUGGCAGGCUGCUUCCUGGUGUUCUCAGACACACCCACACAGGAGCUGUGUCACAGUGGCGACGGCUUUUGGAUGUGUCCACUCUGUGCCAACUGCCCCUUUUGGAAACUGUCCAGCACCUGCACCCUGGUCCAGGUCGGCCGGCUGUUCAACCAUGGGGGCACCGUGCUCUUCAGCACUUUCAUGGCGCUGUGGGCGGUGCUGUUCCUCGAGCACUGGAAGGGCCAGAGCGCCACGCUGGCCUACCGCUGGGGCUGCUCCGACUAUGAGGACAUGGAGGAGAGGCCCAGGCCCCAGUUUGCCGCGGCUGCCCCCACGACAUCCCUGAAUCCCAUCACCGGCCAGGAUGAGCCCUACUUCCCACCCACGAGCCGCUUCCGCCGCAUGCUGGCCGGCUCCGUGCUGGUCCUGAUGAUGGUGGCUGUGGUGGUCGUGUUCCUGGUGGCCAUCAUCCUGUACCGCGCCAUCAUGGCUGUGCUGGUGUCUCGGUCCCCAAACACUGUGCUGGCGGCCUGGUCCUCCCGCAUCGCCAGCCUUACGUGCUCUGUGAUCAACCUUGUGUUCAUCCUCCUGCUCUCCAAGGUGUACGUGGCCCUGGCGCGUCUGCUCACCAGCUGGGAGAUGCACCGGACCCAGACCAAGUUUGAGGACGCCUUCACACUCAAGGUCUUCAUCUUCCAGUCCGUCAACUUCUAUUCUUCCCCCAUCUACAUCGCCUUCUUCAAGGGCAGGUUUGUGGGGUACCCCGGCAACUACCACACCUUGUUUGGCAUCCGCAACGAGGAGUGUGCGGCGGGCGGCUGCCUCAUGGAGCUGGCGCAGGAGCUGCUGGUGAUCAUGGUGGGCAAACAGCUGGUCAACAACGCCCAGGAGCUGCUCUGCCCGAAGUUGAGGGGCUGGUGGCAGAAGUGCCGGCUGCGGGCCAAGGGGGCGGCCCUGACGGGGGCACAGGAGCCCUGGGAGGCCGACUAUGAACUGCUGCCCUGCGAGGGGCUGUUUGAGGAGUACCUGGAGAUGGUGCUGCAGUUCGGCUUUGUCACCAUCUUUGUGGCCGCCUGCCCGCUGGCCCCGCUCUUCGCGCUGCUCAACAACUGGGUGGAGCUGCGUGUGGACGCCCGCAAGUUCGUGUGCCAGUGCAGACGCCCGGUGGCCGAGCGCGCCCAGGACAUCGGCGUCUGGUUCCACAUCCUGGCGGCCAUCACGCACCUGGCCGUCCUCAGCAACGCCUACCUGCUGGCCUUCUCAUCCGACUUCCUGCCACGCGCCUUCUACCGCUGGACACGGGACAGCCAACUGCGUGGCUUCCUCAACUUCACGCUGGCCCACGCGCCACCCACCUUCGCAGCCGCGCACAACCACACCUGCAGGUACGAGGCUUUCAGGGAAGAUGAUGGGCAGUUCUCCCGGACCUUCUGGAACCUUCUGGCCAUCCGCCUGGCCUUUGUCAUCGUGUUUGAGCACGUGGUGUUCUCUGUGGGCUGGGCCCUCGACCUCCUUGUGCCUGACGUCCCCGAGGCAGUGGGGAUCAAGGUGAAGCGCGAGUACUACCUGGCCAAGCAGGCGCUGGCUGAGAACGAGGCUCUCUCUGGACCCAACGCAACUGAGGGUGUGAGGCCCCCCGGCUCAGAGACCAGGACAGAAGCUGGUGACCGAGGGCCAUGGCCCAGAGCUCACAGGGUCACAGAGCCUGCAGGAGCGUGUCGUCCUUAGACGUGUGGGCUCCUGAAACUCCUGCCACAGGGGGGGCCACCCUCAGCCCUGGGCAGGCCUCAGGCAGGGCCAGCACCCAGGACAUCUUGACCCUCAUGCUGACUGACACUGGAACCUGUCCUUCCAGAACAUUCUGUGCUCACACAUUACUGGCUUCGGGGCUGGGGACAUCAUGGCACAGAGCUCAGCGGUCUGUCCCUCAGCCCUGUUGGUGUCCAACGGGGGGGGGGGGGGGGGGGGCAUGGGGUGUCUCUCCCGCUGUCCUGUCCCUGACAAUAAAAGCUCUCAAGAGGCCUCAGCGUCUGUCCAGCUCCACUCAGACUGGGGGGGCUCUGUGGGAGCAGCCCCCCACCCCCACCCCAGAGGGCACUGAAGAGAUCAAUAAGAAUAGCCGUUAACCCGAAACCAACUGCUUCUUGUUCUGCGUAAAUAUUUCCACCUGUUGCCACCCUGUCAUAACUAUAAAAAGGUGGGACGAGCAAUGAUGGAGGUCGCAGACUCUCCCCUUGCGUGGAAGGGUGUCGGCGGCGCAAGCUUAAGUUUGCUAAUAAAGGCUCUUGCUAUUGCAUGCGAUUCUGGUCUUCUUCUGCGUGAGUUUGGGACUCGGACCUCUGGGAAUAACAGGCACCCUCACCCUGUGUGCCGCAGCUCCUCAGAAGGGCAGGGUGCAGCAGGCCUUCCAUCUGGCUGCUGUCAG